AUGGCACCUCGGAAACGUCCUGCCGCUCGCAGAUCCGAGAAACCGGUCGCCGAACCCACCGGGAGAAAUCCGCCGGAACCUGCUGAAGUUGGAUGCAUACCAGAUGAAUCUCAAGAUUUGCAACCAACAGAGGAACCUGAACAUGCCACACCCACAGCAAAGAGACCUAGAUCAAAAGCUGGUGCCAAAAAGAAGCCAGCAACCGACCAUGGUGGUGAGAGUGCUGCCAAAAACAGCAAGGCAGUAGCCAAUGCAAAGGCAGCCAGAACACCCAGGGCAAAAAAGACAAAGAAACCGUCAGGAAAAGAUGCUGAGCCCAAUCCCUUCGAGUCAACCCCAGAUGAAGAUCAAAAAAGGUUCAGCCGCAUCCUCCUCAUCGUCAGAUUCGUCUUCCUCCUUGAGCGGCCAUCCUGGUGGCUCUGCAGCUUUAGGCAUGUUCAGCGCGUGAGAAAACACUGGGGAGAUGACGCUGUUGACAACCUGCGUAGAAAUUUGUCGAAGGCAUCUGUGGUGAGCUUGUAUUCUGGACUUGGGGGUGCAGAAAUUGCCUGUCAGCUCGUGGGCAACGCGUUGGGGUCUGUGCAAACUGGGCCUGCCAUAGAGAAACCUCGCUACAUUGUCGGAAGCCUGGAGGAGUUCCUUGUUCCUGGGGCCCUGGAAAAGAUCAAUGAAAAGAUCGAUGCUGAGAAGGCUACGUGUGCAUCUUUGGCUCAACGAGGGAAGGCUCCAAAGGCCAAACCUGGUAAAAAAGGAGAAAGCCUGGAGAGUCAGAGGGCCAAAUUGGCUCAAGCACAGAGUGAUGCGAAACAAGCAAAGGAUGAACUAGCAUGUUUGUCCCAGAAGCUGGUUCUUAGCCUUGUGAAGAUGAUUGAGCAGGAGCAGUUGUUGAAACCCGCCAUGUCACUGCAUCCAACUUCAGCCAACGACAACGAUCCAGAGAACCAGUCGCGAAGCAUGGGCAUGCCGGACGUUAGCAUGAUGAGUAUCGCCGAGCGACCUCUUCUCAUACUGGUAGCUGGCAGCACAUGUACAGACUGGAGUUCUAUGGGAAAUCAAAAGGGAUUCCUUGGCAAGUCCUUGUUGGCAUUUGUCAUCCUUUCUUAUUCAGCUAUAGUGAGAUGUGAUUGGCUGUUGGAAGUUGGAUUGGACCAACUCUUCCGACUGCACAUCAGCUCCGCACUGGACGCUGGAUCCUUCUUCGCCGCAUCUAAGGAAGAGGUGGAUGAAUUGCGCAAGCACAUGGCCACGAACGUGAAAAGGUCUGUGCACACGGAAUGGCCAGAGUUGCUUCCAGUCGCUGCUAACAUGAACCUCAAGGCGGCCCUCAAGCUCACCCGCAUGCGUUCCCUGCUUGCUGCAGGGUCAGAAGUGGCCAUCAACUUAGAUCAGGAUGUUGGUGUCCAGGAGCACUACGGUGCUGUCUGCCCGGUGCUGCUAGCGUCAACGACGCAUCUUUGGGGAGUGGUACGUGGGCGUCCGUUCACACCAUUAGAGAUGAUCGAGAUGCAAGGGGUUCCGAUGUUUGAUGACGCCAUAUUUGCAAGUGGCGCUGAGGGCAAACUGUUUGACCACAAAAUUGUCUCAGCAUCUGCAUUGCGGAAAAUGGCUGGAAAUUCAUUCAGUCAGCCGUGCAUGACAGCAUUUAUCGCAUUUUCUUUGGCCCAUUUGAAGCACAAACGUGCUUCUGACGCCAAUGUGAUUCCAACGGCUGCUGCUUCAUCUCACACCAGUCAUAUUGUAUAUAUGAGCGAUAAAAAUGAUGCAGAGAUGUACCAAAGUGACGAAGAAGCUGAGGACAUCAGCUGA